AGCAGCUACCGCUCCAACAUAAAAGAGACCCGAGCAUCAGUUGAGUGUGGACGGUGUUGGAAGCGUUAAAAUGUAAAAUUACGCGAUUCUGAGUAAAACGAGUGCUCAACACGUUCAGAAAUUGUGUGAUGUAGCCGCUAGCGUUGCAGUAACAACCCUUGCUACAAAAAUUCAACAAAAUAAUUCGUAGCUCGAAAAAAUUCCGUGAUGUGAUUAUUAAUCAGUAGCGGGUUCCUGCUGAAGUAGUACCAUUUGGUACUACGUCACGUGGCCAAAGACAAUGCUGAAAUAAUUUAGAAUGUCUUAAGUGUGUGCGGUGAAAAAAUCGAUUCACAAUGGAUGAUAGCUCGCCUGAUUUGAGUCUCAAGCUGAGGCGAGGAUCUAGCGAUUCGAGAGAUUCGUUUUACAUGGAUUUUGAUAAAGGAAUCGAUUCGGAUAUCGAAGAAAUGGCAACUACUUCCGCUGCUGACCUCGGGGACACGACUGCGGACACCACAGCAACCCCCACUGCUUUAGGGUACGGGAAAACUGAAGGCGAAAGUUGGCCGACGAUACCGCCCCAGAACAUGAGCGGGGGCAGUCGGAGCAGUGCACUUGGGGGUGGCGACCCUUUGCUACCAUCUCCAGCAUCCCCUUCUGCUGUCAUAGUCUCACCAGAAACGUUGAGUCAUCAUUCUUCUCCGUCAAAAUCCACCAAACAAACUGCACACGUCCAAAUCGCUCCACCCCCGAAAACUCUGUCACCUGGACCACUCGCCGUGGCACCCCUAGGCUACCAUCAGCAGUUCCCAGUCAUGAGGAGGCUUUCACGUGCGGAAAAACAGAUUGAAUGGAGACAACUCGGGGCCGACGCUCUGGCGACGACUUUGUCGGCUCUGUACGGGAAAUUAUUGGUGGUGAUGGGAACAGCAUUUCCUAUGGCGGAAGUUAUUUCAACGUAUAUUCCUCCUUCGUUCUACGAAGCGUACUAUCUUUAUCUCUACAUUGGAAGCAUGUUUUUCCUCCUCUACAUGUACACCGUCCUUCUGCGAGAUAAAAGAAAAAGGAAACGAGUUGCAGAAGCUAAUAACAAAAGCUCGAAAGGUAGGGAAGAGAGUAUUUCAGAUGAAGAGUCUGAUAAUGACACGGGGGAAACGAGUGCUGAUACGGCCAGUUCACAAAUCUAUAAUCGCCCGAGGAGGAGUUCUUUGCCCACAGUUACCAAACAAAACCACUACGGAAGCUUUUAUCUCCGUAUGGGAGCCGUUGCUUUCGGAAUCGGCAGCAUGAUCUACUCAGGACUCGAAUUUGGACAAUACUUCGAACUCGAACGGGACACCAAAUGCCAUAACGUCCUCCUAGCCCUAACUCCGGCCACUCGCAUGGCUUUUAUUUUCAUCCAAAUGUAUUUCAUCUUUCUGAAUAACGAGCAAAUGCGAGUUUACAGGCACAAAGUCGCUGCAAGGUUCGGCUUAAUGCACAUGAUCGGGACUAAUCUCUCCGUCUGGUUGAACGUCCUAGUCCAAGAGACCAAACACGAGAUUCUGACCUUCUACAACCCGGAAAAUAACUCACUCCGGAUCUCUCACCGGAUCCCUUACAAAAACAAUAUUUUGGGGCUUCCGGCCGUCCCGAUGGACCAUCCACCCGAAGCGCACGGCCACCAUAUUGUGGCGCGGGGGCUCAAAGGGCCCCACCACCUCUACGAGUGCCGGCGCACUAAUAUUAUAGGGUCUCUAGUCCAAGAUGCUUCACCUUUCCUUUUUCCUUGCACGAUCGAAUACAGUCUCAUUUGCGCGGCUAUUUUGUAUGUCAUGUGGAAAAACAUAUCCAAGCUGCCCUUAACUGGGGCCAGGGCCAAGAGCGACCUUUCGGCGUACAAACGGAGCCCUCAUCACUAUUCAGUCGACUGCGCAAGGGCCCACAAAGGCCUCUUCGUGGGGAUUCUCCUCCUGGUCCUCACAAUCAUCUCCCUGAUUUUGUUCUUUGUCUUGAUCUCGCGGUCGGAAUUUGUCGGUUUGGCGGUCAUUGAAGUCAACAUUUGCGAGUUGACUCUUUACGGCUUGACCACUCUUGCGGCCAUAAUCGGCAUGUGGCAAGUCCGCCAACUCAAAUACGACGGCAGUAAGAAUUUACAAUUGGAUAACAUUCUCCUAAUCGGCGCCCAAACUGGGAUGUUUAUUUACAGCACGUUUACAAUAAUCGGUGGUCAGUUCACGAUUCAGCGCAACACUGUUUUGGUCCUAGUGACGGCUUUAGCUUCCCUUUUGCAAACCACUUGUCAGACGAUUUUUAUUUUGGACGCGUCCAGGCGUAGUUGUGUCACUCCGGAGCAGAUCCGGCGGAAACCCGGGCGCCAAAUCGUCACUUUCCUGCUGGUGACGAAUUUGGCUAUGUGGGCUAUUAACACACUGGAGAAGUCGCGGGCAGAGUCGCACCCCAUCCAGUUGCAUUUUUACGGGUUGUGGGCCUGGACCAUCAUCACCCAUGUCUCAAUGCCCCUGGCCAUUUUCUACCGGUUUCAUUCGACCGUUUGCUUGUGUGAGAUUUGGAAGCGCGCUUACAAGAUCAAACCGACUUAUAUGUAGCGGCUUGUGGUGUUCUAGUCUUGGCUUUUUAUUGUUUAAAAGGUUGAACUAUAACCGCCAAGAGAGUGAAUUUUUAAGCAGUAUAGUUCAGCCUUAAGACUGAAGUGGCAAGGAUGGUCGAUGUUGUGUGUGAGAUUAAGCUUCGUUUAUUGAUCAUGAAAGUCUAGUUUCAAGUAACGUAAGUCGUCUUUAAUUAAAUCUUGUAUUUUAUGACAGUGUAUUACGAGUGUGUGUUACAUAACUUAUUGGUAGUUUCAAGACUUCACGGAACCGGAUAUGCAAGGAUUUUUGCGAUUCCCUAAGCGAUCAUUCUAACGUAGAAGUAGUUAACAUAUCCUAAAUACGUAGCAUGGGUUACAAGACUGACUCCGGAAUGCUCAAAAUUAGUUCGUUCAGUUCAUAUUUUUGGAGAGAUUUUAAUACGCCUAAUUGCUUAAGUGAAGAGUUUCAUCCGCCACAACACAAAUCAAAUUAGAGUUGGACACAAAGGCCCUUAAUUGCGUAGUAACCGAAGUUUGAUCAAUGCAGGGUUGACAAUGUUCAAACAAUAAUCUUUUCGAACGUCAGAUUUACACCAAAAACUAUUUUCGUAUUAGUGUUUGUAGGAGUAGCUAACCCACCUUCAUAUCUAACCUUUUUAUACUUCUCACAUUUUACACAUUUUUAUAGCAAUUUACAAAGCCGUCUUCCUUUAUGAAAUAGCUGUUAAAGUACAAAGUUCAAUUUUGUCCUGCCUAUUAAUAAAUAAGCACCUUAGUACCACUUACAUACUUGGCUCAAUAGCUUUUUAAUUACAAUGGAUGUUUAGAUUUCUCGCAACAACGAGAUUUUUGUUAAAACUUUUGUUGAUGAUCUCGUUGACUAAUAAUCCUUUGUUAUGUACAAAUUUUUGGGAACAAUAUUUUGUAGUUUAUGAGAAUAGAUGCGUCGUAACGAUUUUGAUAAGGUGUAAGUUCCACGUGUAAAAUGGGUCGACGUUAAAAUGUAUCCGGACAAGGACCCACUUUAUACAAAUGGCACUUACUUAUUAGUCUAGUUUUAAAUGUUACAUUUGUGUAUUUAUUUUAGAAAAAUUAAUGGUGCCAAUCAGAAAUGCUUUCAGCCAUGUUUUAGUUAUGUUUUGUGCCAUAUUAGUUUAGAGAUUUGUAAAUUAUUUGUUAUCCAUUUACAAUUUUAUUGUAUAUAGCUAUCAUUUGACUUAUUUAAAUGUUAAUUUUACUUGCAAGUUAUUUACUAAAUGUAUCGUAAUAAAAUAUCACACUUUACAAA